CCUUAAACUAGACAAAGUGUAUAUAAACUCAACCCUAGAUCGCCCUGUCAGAGCAUUAUCCAUCUCUUCUAUCGAAUGAAGCUUCUCUCUCUUUCCACUGUUAUUGCCCUUGCUACAUGCGUCGCUGCUACUCCUGCUGGUCAUAUGAGGUAACGUUUUGUUUGCUAUUAAAACCUUGUUUUCUUAUCGCUCUUGAUAGUUUGGCUAAGCGUGUUGUCACUGAAACCCGAACUACUGUCAUUAAUGGUCAAACUCAAUUUCAAGUGAUUGAUGUCGUCCCAGAAACAAUUGUUACCUCCACUUUCACCCUUACUAGUUCUGUUAAUACCAGAUUUGUUACUGUGACCUCAAAUUCAUACAUCUUUACUUUCCCCGGUGGUGAUCCUGGAUCCAUUAUCAGUCAAUUGAGAAGUGCCAUUGGUGCUUCUGAUAACCUUAUCAAUGCUAACCCUACCUUGUCUUCUGCUUCAUCUGCCUUGUCCUCUGCUUCAUCUGCCUUGUCUUCAGCCUCUUCUGCUGCCUCUUCAGCUUCUUCAGCAAGCGAUUCUUCUGCUCUCUCUUCUGCCCUCUCCGCUGCCUCCUCUGCUUCUUCUGCUGCCUCUUCUGCUUCUUCUGCUAUUUCUUCUGCCGGUGGUGGUGUCAUCGAUGUCUCUGCUUCCGUCGGUACUGGUGGUGUUGAUGCCGGUGUCUCUGUCUCUAGCUUAAUCGAUGUUGGUGUCUCUGCUGGUACUGGUGGUGUUGAUGUCAGUGCUGAUGUAGGCAGUAUUAUCAGUGCUGAUGUCUCUGUUGGUACUGGUGGUGCUGAUGUCGGUGUCGGUGUCAGCAGCUUGCUCAGUGCUGAUGUCUCUAUUGGUACUGGUGGUGUGGAUGUCAGUGCCGGUGUGGGUAACCUUAUCAGUGCUGAUGUCUCUGUUGGUACUGGUGGUGUUGAUGCUGGUGUUGGUGUCAGCAGUCUUGCUAGUAUUGAUGCUUCUAUUGGUACUGGUGGUGUUGGUAUCACUCUUGGUGCUGGUUCUCUUGGUACUGUCGGUGUUUCUGUUGGCACUGGAGGUAUUGAUAUCAACGCUGGUAGUACUGGCGGCAACCUUCUCAGUGACAUUGUCAGUGGCGCUACCGGUAUUCUUGGUGGUGCUACCAGUGCUAUUGGUGGUAUUCUUGGUGGACUUGGUAUCUAAGGACAAUCAUGAGAAGCACUCUUCUUUUUUCUUAUUCAUCUAUAUAUAUCCUUUAAUUUAUUCGAAUGAAUGCAUACCAAUAAUAAAGCAUUUCUUGUUACAAACAAUCGAUUGUCUUGUUAGUUAUAUAGGAAACAAUCAAGGCACUUUGUGUGUUGGAUCAAUCCCUAUACUUCAAAAAAAAAAAAAACUCUAAAUGAUACUCCAACUCUAUGUUUCGUAUGUGAAAAAGUAAGUUUACUUUUUAUUAUUAC